CUCAGCUCACAAGCCAGUCAAGUCUUUGCCAAGAGUGGAACCUGCUGCUUGCUUGCUACUUACCUUCCUGAUUGCUGCCACUGCUGCUGAGGGGAGUGGUUGAACUGGUUACCCAAGAGUGCGCUCGAAACUGAUUGCGGGUCAAGCUCCACCAUGGCUGGCAAGGCUUGGUGCCAGUUGGCCUUGGCUCUGGCACUGGUGUUGUGCCUGCUUCAGCCUGCUCUUAGCGGUUGCCCAGGGGCCUGUCGCUGUUCCUUCGCCAUGGUACAGUGCCUGGAAGCAGAUGGCAUCACCAGCAUCCCGUCACUGGCACCACAGGAGAGCGAAAACGUCACGGAAAUCUACAUCGAGAACCAGCCCAGCCUGGAGAACAUAACCGACAUAGACCUCGCUAACUACAGAGAGCUGAAGAACCUCACAGUUACAGAUUGUGGCUUGGUCUUCAUCGCUGAUAAUGCAUUUCAACAGAACUUCAAGCUCCAAUAUGUAAACCUGGCUAUUAACUCACUUGUGCACAUCAGCUGGAGAGUCUUCCAUUCUCUUCCUCUACUGAACCUGGUUCUGAGGGAUAACCCCCUGGCCUGCUCCUGUGAUAUCUACUGGCUUCAGCAGUGGCAAAGAACGAGGCGAGGAGACAUCGACAGUCAGCAGAGCUGCAUCUAUAACGGCAGCAGCGUUCAGCUGGACAGCUUUGUGAUGGAGAACUGCAGUGUGCCAGAAGUCACGGUUAAUGCACCUGUCCGGACCAUUAAGGAAGGGGGAAAUCUGACGUUUGAGUGCCAGGUGACCGGUUCACCAGUUCCCACAAUAACAUGGAGGACCGAGCAGCUUCAGUCCAACUGGACCCUUCAGAGAGGAAUAUGGGGCUCCACUCUGGAACUGGUGCUGCACCUGUGGAACGUGUCAUCUGGGGACAACCUGCACAACCUCACCUGCGAGGCGGAGAAUCGAGCGGGUCCGGGAGAGGCCAUGGUGCAGCUCAACAUUGAGUUUGCAGUGAAGAUCCUGUUCUUACGGGAGGCCGAGCAGCAGCACCACUGGUGUUUCCCCUUCGCUAUUGAUGGAAACCCAGCUCCCACCAUUAGCUGGCAGUACAACACCACACCCCUCAACGAGACCAGGUACACCUACACCCAGCUGAUCCCGGAUCAGGACGACGGCUCCGUCCAGCACGGCUGCCUCUUCCUCAACAAGCCCACCCACCUCAACAACGGCAACUACACGCUUAUAGUGGAGAACAAGCUGGGCAGAGACCAGGCCACGGCCAUCGGCAUGUUCAUGGACAACCCCUUCGACCCAUUUGAUCCAGAGGGCAUCAUCCCUGUGUUAACCAAUGCUCCAGCUCCCACCAAUUCAACCGAUGUGACAGAGAAGCUGGAGAGCAGGCUGUUCGGGGUGUCGGUUGCUGUAGGACUGGCUGUGUUUGCCUGCACGUUUCUCCUCAUCAUGGUGCUGGUCAUCAAUAAGUGCGGGCAGCACUCCAAGUUUGGCAUCCACCGAUCGUCUGUUCUAGGCACUGAAGACGACCUCGCCGUCUCUCUUCGCUUCAUGAACUUUGGUGCCAGUCCUCCAUCCUCAGACGAAGGCACGCUGGACUCUGGGCUGUCCAGCUUUGUGGAGAACCCUCAGUAUUUCUGCGGAAUCAUCAAGGACAAGGACAUGUGUGUUCAGCACAUUAAGAGACAGGACAUCAUGCUGAAGUGGGAACUUGGAGAAGGAGCCUUUGGGAAGGUUUACCUGGCUGAGUGUGCCAACCUCUGUCCCGACACUGACAAGAUGCUGGUGGCUAUCAAGACGCUGAAAGAUGCCAAUGAAUCGACUCGUCAGGAUUUUCAGCGAGAGGCUGAACUUCUGACCGUUCUCCAGCAUGAGCACAUCGUCCGAUUCUACGGAGUGUGUACGGAUGGAGAGCCUCUCGCCAUGGUGUUUGAGUACAUGAGGCACGGAGACCUCAACCGAUUCCUCAGGGCUCACGGUCCAGACGCUCGGAUCCUGGACGAGGUGAAGAUGCCACCAAUGGGUCAGCUGACCCUGCCUCAGAUGCUCCAGAUUGCCGCCCAGAUCGCCUCAGGCAUGGUGUACCUGGCCUCACUACACUUCGUUCACAGAGACCUGGCCACUAGGAACUGUCUGGUCGGUGAAGGUCUUGUGGUCAAGAUCGGAGACUUCGGCAUGUCCAGAGACAUCUACAGCACCGAUUACUACAGGGUUGGAGGCAGAACCAUGUUGCCUAUUCGCUGGAUGCCGCCUGAGAGCAUCAUGUACAGAAAGUUCACUACAGAAAGUGAUAUCUGGAGCUUUGGGGUUGUACUUUGGGAAAUCUUCACUUACGGAAAACAGCCCUGGUACCAGCUCUCCAACAGUGAGGCGAUUGAAUGCAUCACGCAGGGCCGUGAGCUGGAGCGGCCGCGGACGUGUCCCAAAGAGGUGCACCUCCUCAUGCAGGGCUGCUGGCAGAGGGAGCCUCAGCAGCGCCUCGUCAUCAAAGACAUCUACAGCCGCCUGGUGGCCUUGGUCAAGAACCCCCCGGUCUACCUGGACAUAUUAGAGUGAAGCGAGAGGACGGCGCAGCUGGCAGACGUUCAGGUCAAGGAGAUGAACUCUGUGGAACGCUGGAGACGGAGACGGAGCUGAAGGAACUGUAAAGAGCAGUACGGAACCUGCAGUGGUCCCUGUUGCCUGUAUAGCUGCCUGCACUGACUUUGCUACGCCAUGCUUGGUCUCUUCCACAGAGCAUCUAUCAGGCCUGUACUUUCACGGGAAGGGCAAAGAGGGCGAAGCAUCUGAACGUACAUUUGGAGCUCAGUUAAGUGCAAUUCCUUCGAGUAUUCAGCAGUUCCGAGAAGCGCAAAAUACAUCCAGAAAUCCAGUGUCCAGGAAAGAGCAGACUGACUGAGACGGAAAAAAAAAUGCGAAUCCUCUCCGUUUGAGUAGCACCGGAAAACCCUUCCCUUUAAAGGGCCCAUAUCCUGUAAAACACAUUAUUCUUGCUUUUUUCAGUUCGUAGAAGAAUAUAAUCAUUGUUUCAUUAUAUAAAAAUCAAUCCAUACUCUAUACAGUCCAUAUUAUACGGAAACCAAACAGCAAAAACGAUAACCAACAUGUUUACAUAAUCUAUUCAGCCUACUGCAGUUUUCUAGCGCAGCCCUCGCUGAAGUUACAAAGAGUGUUUCAGCCACCUAGAACAGAGCUCAUUUACAUAUACCAUUAACUACAUAUACCGGUCAAUGCACACCAAGUCCUUUCUGUUUUUACAGAACAAAAAAAAAGAGCACAAACAGACUGUAAUGCUGUCUAAAUAUUUAAAGAUGUGAUUUUAAUCAUCAAAAUCAUUAAGACCAAUCAGAGUUCAAUUCUCAUGGCUGCAAACCAAACAAAUGAAGACAGCAGCAGAACAUCUAAUAGCAGAAUACAAAAACGCUUUAAAUAACUUUAAAACUGUGGAGGAUAAAGAGAUAAUCUGGCUGGGCAGAGCUAAAAAAGCUAAGGAGUUUUUAACAGAGACGUUAUGGUGGCAUUUUAUUAUUUUAUUAUUACCUUUGUCAUGGUGCAUAGUAGUCUGUUCAUGUUUACAGAGAACUGAGAACGAGAGCUUCCCUCACGAAUGAGCUUUUGAGCAGAGGAGGAAAUUAAAGAGAGCAUAAAAAAGAAGAAGACAGGGAGCAGAGAAACAGAAAGAAUGGACUUUAUGGCUUUAUGAGAGCUAUGAGGUUUUUAUAGUCCCAUUUGUCAGAGCACCGAAGACAAAAAAAACAUGUUGGAGAUUAAAAUUGCAUGUUUCUGUUUUUUCGUCCACUUGUUUCAUUCUAAGGACUGAUGAUUUUAACGAUUUGAAAUGAUUUUGAUCCCUCACAAAUGAUUUAAAUGAACUAAAAUACAAGAAAUUUUCAGGAUACGGGCCCUUUAGAAACCAUCAGUGAAAAUGUUCAUAUUCCUUUACUGAAAUGUGUUGAAAUUAUGCAUUAUGUAGAAACAUAAUCAUCCUUUUAUGUGAUCUUUCAGUGUCUUCGUCUUGUCAUAGAAACGGCUUAAGUCCAGUCGCAGUGUUUUUUCCAUGUCGUGCCAAGUUGAUUGCACUAUUUGAAACUUCACACCUCCCUUUGUCUUGCAAUUACCAGUAUUAAGUGUAUUAUUAUAUAGAUCUGUAUUAUGAGUGCACUGAAAUCGCAUGUGUGUGACUUCCCUUAUUCUUAAACUCACCGCCGCCGCCAGUGCCGCCAGUGCCGGUGCUCUGUGAGGUCCUGUAAUUACCUCUCCAUCAAGCCCCUCCUUAUUCCAGUUACAGCCGGCAGCACAGUCCCGUAAAAACGGAGCCAAUCCUCCACAUGAUGCUGCAUGUGAGAGAGGAGCAGAGAUGGGUUUUAAUAGGUGUUCAUGUCUGUGCCUACAGGUUUGUAAAUGAUGUGUCUAUACGUUUGUAAAUGAUGCCAUUUAUUUUAAUCUAAUCAUGUUUGCUUUAAUAGCUGAAACUGUAUUACAGAAAUGCAGCACACGGAAGGAUACUGGGCAUUGUUAUUUGAAUAGAUUCAUUCUUAUGUGUUUAAUUCAGCUACAUUUACAAAGACUGUUAAAAAAUGUUUUCACAAUCCUUCUCAAAAACAUUAAUCAAAAGCUUUGAUCAGUUAAUUGUGGUUAUUAAAUAAAGUCUGAUUUGGGAUUUUUAUCAAUAUGUUGUCGCUGUCAUGCAAAACCUUGUAAUGCAAAUGGCAGCUUUACAGAAGAAAGAUUUUUUUUUUAAUUCCAAGCCAUUUUACAGCAUUUCUCUUGAUCCAUUCAUCAUGGCAUAUCAACUUAAUAUAAAGAACAACCAUCAGAUUCAAAAAGUGAAAAAAAAGUGUAAAAAAGUGAAAAAAAAUGGAGCUACAAGGAUUUGCAUGACAAUGAAAGUAUUUUGGAUAACAAUUUUUUUCUAUUAUUUGUAUUAUAAUUAUUAUAACAAUACUAUGUAAUGACAUCUCAACUACAAAAUUAC